UUGACUCGGACAUCGGGAGCGCGACGGCCUCAACGACAAACAUGUUUACGCUCGUGUUGUUUGUUUGUUUGCUCCAAGUGAUCAACACGCGGAACAUCGACACCUACUCCCUGCGACGGUCGCUGCUGCUGCAGACGGAGCUGGACACGCAGGUGGGCAGCGAUCUACCCCUAAACACGGAGGAGGUCGUAGCCAACGAGAUCCUGAUGGAGCUAAAACGGCGGGAAAUCGACGAGUCGUUCCGAAGCAACGAGUUCAGCUACUCCAAGCACUACUUCGAUUACAGGGACGAGAUUAAACGGUCCAAGGUGUACGACAUCAUCCGCGCCAUGCCCAAAGGUGGCGCGCUGCACGUUCACAGCUCGCUCAUGCUGAGCGCUGACCGACUCGUCGCGCUGACGUACGAAGACCACUUGUACGCGUGUUUCGCCGCCGACGAUCUCCAAUUACAGUUCUCGUACGACGUCCCCCUUCGACCUUGCGAGCGCAAGUGGCGGCUCCUCGAUGACGUCAGAAGGGCCUCCGGUAAUGUCACGCGAUUCGACAGUGACCUCCAGAAGUAUUUCACCCUGAACGUGGACGAAAACACCGACUACGAUAUCAACUUCAUCUGGGAGAGAUUCGAGAAGGUCACCACCACUAUAUCUUCUCUCAUCAACUACCGACCGGCCAGGGAGAAGUUCUUCUACGAGGGUCUGACCCAAUUUUACAACGACAACGUCAUGUACGUGGAAAUUCGGAGCGGAUUGUCUUACCUGUACGAGUUAAACGGGACCGUCCAUGACAGAGUUUAUCUCGCCCAUCUGUAUCACCGAGUAGCCGAGCAAUUUAAGGAAGACCACCCGGACUUUAUGGGAGUGAAGCUGAUCGUCUCCAAGCGGCGAUCCAUAACGAUAGAGGAGGCGAAAGGUGUUAUAGAUCUAGCGAAGCGUCUAAGAAUCGAGCUGCCCCAAUUUUUGGCGGGAUUCGAUCUAGUCGGGCAGGAGGAUUUAGGAAAGCCCCUCAAAGACUUUCAGCCCUUACUGGACGAGGUGAAGGAAGAUAUAGACUUUUAUUUCCACGGCGGAGAGACGAAUUGGCACGGCACGGCCAGCGACGAGAACCUGAUAGACGCUAUCCUACUCGGAUCGAAGAGGAUAGGGCACGGAUUCGCGCUGAUUAAGCAUCCAACAUUAAUGAAGACGGUGAGGGAAAACGACAUAGCUAUAGAAGUGAACGUGAUAUCCAAUCUAGUGCUGUCCCUCUUGUGUGACAUCAGGAACCAUCCUCUAGCCACGUACCUGGCUUUGGGGAUGCCCGUCGUUUUAUCCAGUGAUGACCCUGGGGUCUGGGGAGCUGAUCCCCUAUCAUAUGACUACUACCUGACGUUCGUAGCAGUGGCCAGCAGGCACGCCGAUCUGCGAAUGCUGAAGCAGCUGGUACUCAACUCUGUGAAGUACAGCGCUCUGGAUGAUACGCAGAAGAAGAUCAUGUACAAACAAUUACAGAUCAAAUGGGAUGAGUUUAUCCGAGACGUCAUCAAACGGCACAAUUAAUCUAUGACCUAACUUUAUCUAUAGAACAAGAACUGAUAUAGUGGUAACUGGUAUAUAGGCUAAUUAGUUGUAAAUAGUGAUAAUAAACUUUUUUUCUUAAAUUUUAGGAUGUUGUUUAAUGUAAUAUUAGACUGACCAAUGUUUUAA